UCGUGAUGGAUGAACAAUAAGCAGGUUUGGGCCAAAAAAAAAAAAUAUAGUCUUGAGAGAGAGAGAAGGGAAAAAUUUGUCGGAGAUUGAGAACAGGCAGCGUGUGGGUCUGAAUAUCUGUCUCCGAUGGGUACUGGGGGAACCACCUCCGCCAGCUGCAGCGAUGAAGCCAACAUGCCUCCCUACUAUGGAACCUUUCAAGGCGUCGCUAACUUCUAUCCUCCUCAGCCCUCGUCCUCCCAUAAUUCUUACCAAGGAUACACCCUCCUUCCCGUUUAUGCUGUUCUUGAGGGACACCCCAUAAGAGAACGCCGUCUUCCUUGCUGCGGACUUGGCCUGGGUUGGUGCAUGUUUAUACUGGGAUUUUUUCUUGGGGGCAUUCCCUGGUAUUUCGGAACUUUCUUGCUACUAUGUACGCGGGUGGAUUACCGAGAAAAGCCUGGAUUGAUUGCGUGCACAAUUGUUUCCCUCAUAAUUGUGAUAGCCAUUACCCUUGGCUCGAGUCAUCGACAUUUUGUUUGGUGGACAUGAAGCAUAAAUUUCACUGUACAGCAUGUUCUGCAAAACCUGUGGAACUUUUCUUCUUGUAAUUCAUACUCUUCAACUCAUGCGAAAGUUGCACUUAGCAAUUGGCUGCUGCGCCUGUAAAUUGCAACUCAAAAACAUUUUUCCGUGUUGACAAAGUUUGGAAUGAAAACAAAAACAAAUAUAUCCAACUUGUUCUAACUUCUUUCCCUAAACUUAUUUGGAUUGCUUAGUGCAUUAUCUAAUUAUUAAUUAAAAGGCU